ACUAGGAACACAUGCACAUCAGACGGCCGCGGCUUGCUGCUAUUGCAGCAGGAGCAAUAGGAAUAGUCACUGGUCCGCGGGUAGUAAAAGGAGGGGAAUGGCUUGAAAUGAAACAAAAAAAGCAGAGAUGAUAAGUAUAUGACAGUUCUUGUUGCAAAUUGCUGCAGUGCUCUUUUUAUAGGUGUAGUGUAUUCUCAUUCGGAUUGACUAAACUGGGCAACCGAGCCUCAUGUCACAUGUGCUUCAUAGGAAGAAGCUGGGCAUCUGCAAACUGGAUCUGGAGGAGGAUGCUGCGGCAAAUGAUACACAGAGGGCUCAAAGCUUCUUUCUACUGGCUGGGCUUAUUUGUUAGUAGGCAUCCGGUUUUUUUCCUCACCGUUCCCGCAGUCUUAACCAUCAUUUUCGGAUCUACGGUCCUGAGCAGAUUCAAGCCCGAAACGGACAUCGAGAUACUGGUUGCCCCGACACACAGUUUUGCUAAAGUAGAGCGGAGUCUUGCGAACAGCCUUUUCCCCAUUGACCAGUCAAAAAACAAGCUGUAUUCCGACCUGCACACCCCCGGCAGAUAUGGCAGACUGAUUCUGCUGGCCAAGUCUGGGGGAAAUAUACUGGAGCUAGCCGACCAGGUCCUGCAGGUUCACAAGCAGGUGCUGGAUUUGCGGGUUAAUUACAAGGGAUUCAAUUACACUUUCGCUCAUCUCUGUGUCCUGAGCCAUCAGGAUAAGCGAUGCCUCUUGGAUGAUAUAAUUACGAUAUUCGAAGAUAUCCGCUUAGCCAUUCUAUCGAAUCACACUUUUUCAAAGGUGCCCGUGACCUAUCCAAAUACCACAUUAAAGGAUGGUCGUGUGUCCUUCAUCGGCCACCAGCUGGGUGGAGUGGCCUUCUCGCCCAACAGCCGAGACCAGCAGGUGAAGUUUGCCCGGGCCAUCCAGAUCACCUACUACCUUCGCAACCAUGGCCCCGUGGUGCAGGACGUCAUUGCAGAGAAGUGGGAGAAUGCCUUCUGCACCCUCAUCACACGCCUGUCCACGCUCAGCGAGGACCUGCACAUCCUGUCUCUCACCUCCUUCAGCCUGUGGAGGGACUUCCACCAGACGGGAGUGCUGGCCAAAGGGGAGGUGCUGGUCAGCCUAGUGCUCCUUCUGCUGGCGGCCACCAUCUCCAGCUCAAUGAGGGACUGCCUGAGGGGAAAGCCCUUCCUGGGUCUGCUGGGUGUGCUCACAAUAGCCAUUGCCAACGUGACCUCCGCUGGCAUCUUCUUCAUCUCCGACGGGAAGUUUAACUCCACGCUGCUGGGGAUCCCAUUCUUCUCCAUGGGUCAUGGAACCAAAGGAGUGUUUGAGCUCCUGGCGGGCUGGCGAAGAACUCGAGAAAGCCUUCCCUUCAAGGAACGCGUGGCAGACGCCUUCGCCGACGUGAUGGUGUGCUAUACUAUGACCAGUUCCCUCUACAUCAUCACCUUCGGCAUGGGUGCCAGCCCCUUCACCAACAUUGAGUCGGUGAAGAUCUUCUGCCAGAGCAUGUGCGUGGCCGUCCUGGUCAACUACUUCUACGUGUUCUCCUUCUACGGUUCCUGCUUGGUGUUCGCUGGUCAGCUGGAGCAGAACCGCUACCACAGUGUGUUCUGCUGUAAGAUCCCCUCAGUGGAGUACCUGGACCGUCAGCCCACCUGGUUCAAGACCAUGAUGAGCGACGGCCAUGACCAUGUCACGCACCACGAGGUCGUGCCCUACCACAACCACUUCAUCCAGCACUUCCUGAGGGAGCACUACACAGAGUGGAUAACCAACACCUAUGUCAAGCCCUUUGUGGUCAUCCUCUACCUGAUCUACGCCUCCUUCUCCUUCAUGGGAUGUUUACAAAUCAGUGAUGGAUCCAACAUCGUCAACCUCCUAGCCAGCAACACGCCCAGUGUGUCCUACGCCACGACCCAGCAGAAGUACUUCAGUAACUACAGCCCCGUGAUCGGCUUCUACAUCUAUGAGCCCAUUGAGUACUGGAACUCCACGGUGCAGGAGCACCUCACAACGCUGAGCCACGGCUUCAACAAGAUCUCCUGGAUGGAUAACUACUUUCAGUAUCUGAAGGUGGUGAAUGUGAGCGCCUCGACCAAAAGUGAUUUCAUCACCAUCCUGCAGGGCUCCUUCCUGCGCAGCCCGGAGUAUCAGCACUUCAUGGAGGACAUCAUUCUGUCCAAGACAGAUGGGGAUGAAAUGGAGAUCAUCGCGUCCAGGAUGUACCUGGUGGCGCGGACCACAGAGAAGACACGGGAGGAAGUGGUAGAACUGCUGGAGAGGCUCCGCCCCCUUUCGCUCAUCAACAACAUCAAGUUCAUCGUCUUCAACCCCACCUUCGUCUACAUGGACCGUUACAGCUCCUCUGUGGUCUCACCCAUUCUCACAUCGGCCUUCAGCGUGCUCACCAUCCUCAUCCUCACCUUCUUCCUGGUCAUCAACCCUCUGGGGAACUUCUGGUUGAUCCUGACCGUCACCUCCGUAGAGCUGGGGGUCCUGGGCCUCAUGACACUCUGGAAUGUACACAUGGACAGCAUCUCUAUCCUGUGCCUUAUUUAUACUCUCAACUUUGCCAUGGAUCACUGUGCACCCCACCUGUACACCUUCGUACUGGCCACGGAGCACACCAGGACCCAGUGCAUUAAGAUCUCGUUAGAGGAGCACGGGGCGGCCAUUUUGCAAAACGCCUGCUGUUUCGUUAUCGGGAUGUUGCCCUUGGUGUUUGUGCCUUCCAAUCUGACCUACACGCUGUUCAAGUGCUCCCUCCUCACCGCAGGCUGCACAGUGCUGCACUGUUUCGUCAUCCUGCCUCCCCUCAAAGGGCCAGAGGGGUCAAAGCUGACCAGUCCUCAGAAGGAGGAGGGAGGGAGGGAGGGAGAUAUAGACCAGCAGCCAUGA